AUGGCCCUUCCUAUCGAAGAGGCUGCUCCUGACGGCAGCAGCGGCAGCAGCAGAGACUGUAGUAGCAGCAAUAAAAGCAGCCACAGUAGCAGCAAUGGUAGCAAUAAAAGUGCCAGCAGCAACAACAGCAGCAGUAGCGACUGUAGCAGCAGCGACAACAACAGCAAUGGUAGGACUAGCACCUGUGGCAGCGACAGUAAGACAUGGAGCUUAGAUGACAAGAUUCUCGCUUUGGGGGCUGAAGCCUAUUUGUUGGAGGCUGCGUAUGCACCACAGAGAUCUUCGAACUUUGUCAGCAACAUAAAGGCAACCCCUCCUCGAUGCUUCUAUACUGCUUUGCAUCUCGAGCUGCAAGCUUUGUUGGAGCUGUUGCAUCCCUCAGCGGUGGAGCAGCACCAACGACUUAGAGCAGCCGCACGGCUGCAGCUAGCUGCUGCAGCUGCCUUGCCAGGCAGCAGCUGCUGCGUAUUUGGAUCCCAGGCAACGCAGUUAGCACUGCCAGGGGCAGAUCUUGACGCAGCAUUGUGUGUGCCGCCUUCCUAUUUCUCUGUUGCUGAAGACACCAGCCGCAAGGCUACGACUAGGACUACUCCUACGAGCAACAGCAGCAGCAGCACCGUCAAUGCCAGUAGUAGUAGCAACAGCAGCAGCAGCACCGUCAAUGCCAGUAGUAGUAGCAACAGCAGCAGCAGCACCGUCAAUGCCAGUAGUAGUAGCAACAGCAGCAGCAACCAAAAUGCCAGUAGCAGCAGCAGCAGCGAGUCCAUAUCAAGGGCACAUGUAGUGACGUGCUUAGAGCUGCUUGCACUCUCUAUACAACGCUUCGGCUUGGCUCAGUCUCUAGAAGUCGUUAGUGGAGCUCGAGUGCCUAUUCUCCGUCGUUUUCCGGUUUUGAGGCCUUUAAUUCUGUGUGUGAAGCUUCUUUUAAAAGUCCUCACACCAGGCCUCUUCUGUCGGCAGUCGCAGCCACGCGUGCUGCUGAGUCACCUCCUCAUGGAGUUCAUGCAUUUUUUCGGGAUCCAGUGGGAUGUCGAGGCGUGGGGGGGCUGUGUUCGUGGCGGUUGCCACAUAUUUCUGAAGGAAACGCAAGCCGAAGCUGCAAGGAAGGGCCUUGUUGUGGAUGCUCCCCAUCCGCAGCGUUUCUGCAUGGAGAGCCCCUUAGAGAGCCUCCUGAGCGCGAUUUACCCAAUCUGCCACCCACUCUUCGCCCUUCGGGAGGCCGAUCCGCUGAGCUCAGCUGCAGCGGAGGCGUUGCGGAAGGCAGGCGUUGUCGCAGCUGAGGGCAGCAAGGCGAGCACGGCCAGUCCUCCACCUCCGGCAGGGCCAUUAGCGGCCCCCAGUUACUCAUGGAUGUACAUGGCAGAGAAGCCACAGCAGCAAUCCCAACUGCAGCAGCAGCGGCAAAAGCAGGUUGAGUCUUACGCUGAAUUUUGGCUGCGGAUGACCGACCCUGAGGAGUAG